GCAAUUUUCAUAAGAAACAUGUAGGAAGUCGCCGAUUUAAUGAAAACAUCUGCGUAUAUCUCCAAGUUCUCUAGCAAGUAAUGACAAAUGCUUCGAAACACACGGGUUCGAGCGUCUAGUAAAUUUGAUUCUAAUAUCGGUAUUCCAGUUGCAGGAUACCUGAAAACAAUCUUGACAGCUCUGACAUGGCACUCCUACGUAGGAGUGCGAGGCUCCUGCCAACCUGGAUUAGCUCAGUCAAAUUGUGGGAGAAUGAUCACCGCUGUAUUACCUAUGAGAGCAACGUUAGUAAUCGAGGUUAUGUUCACCGUCUUGAAACGCAAAUGAGGAGAAAUUCGCAUGACCAAUCCCACGGUCAAACGAGCAUAACGUCAAACAUUACGUCCGAUAAAAACACUAGUGAUUCCACGAAGCCAGAAUCAGAAACUGCCAGUAAAUUGGGAGCAAUACCAGCAAGCAUAAAAACCAGCUGCAUGAAUUACGCAGAAAUAUUGGAAGCUGUCGAUCAAGAAAGUAAGAAGGAAUCGGUGGACCAUUCGACUCUUCUGCGUCUACUGGAAUCUUGCCGCGACAUGCUUCCAGAUGCUUCCAUAUCUGCAAGAAUGAAUCUAGUCAACCACGUCUGGCGUUUAGUGGAAAAUAUAAAUGAACCACCGAGCAUCGAACACUACAAUAUCUUGCUGAGCAUCUACAUUCAGAACACCCAGUAUCCUAACGUGGAUGAAUUUUUGAAGAAUAUCAAAGCAACGCCCAACAGCGAAACUUAUCAGUUGCUACUUGACGCAGCUGCUGAGACUGGAAAUUACAAACAAAUAUCAAUGAUCAUGACAAUGAUUAAGGACAAGGGGUAUCCAGUGACUGAAGCCACGUUUAGUUCCCUGAUAGUAGCAUAUUCAUUUAAUAAUAACUUUGACCAGGUUCAUACUAUUAUGAAACUGAUUGAAGCUGCCGGGAUUGAGCCAAGUGUGGUCACCUUUUAUGCUCUGGCACGAGGUUACGCUUACAAUGGUAAUGUACAAAAUUUGACACGUAUCCUGGAGACUAGUAAUCUGGAUGCAAUGCAAAUCAUGUCCAUCGUUAAAACAUUGAGCCUUUCUGGUCACGGAAAUUACAUUUCUCGUGUUAUGCAGUACCUGCCUCGAACUACUAAAGAAAUACUCACGAGUGUUACCUACAUGAUUGUAGAAUUGAUAUAUUCUGGGUUAGCAAAGGAUGCCUUUGAGGUGAUAAACUGUUUCCGUAUUCUAGACCUGGCACCUGAAUCAUUUAUGAAUGAUUUUAUAGAUUUCUUUCUGUACGAAAUAGUCAAGGCAGAAACACCAGUCGUAGAAAUAUUUGAGAUUUGUACCAGUCUAAUGUCUUCCAUAGAAAAUUCAUCAGCUUUGUUCAAAGUGACUGAAGCUGCUCUUCGAUUGCAGAAAACAGAUAUUGCUUUGCAGGCGUUUAAAGUCAUGGAAAGCCAAAGCAUUGAAGUAAGACCUCACUUCUAUUGGCCCUUACUUCUCAACGCAGCUUCAACUAAGGGUGAGACUGAUGUGCUCAAGCUAGUCAAACUCAUGGUUGAGAGUGGCGUUAAUGUAGAUAAUGAUACAUUGUGUAAUUGCGUAUAUCCAUUUAUGUUCGGAACACAGCCGAUCGUGAUUAUUAAAAAGUUGCAAGAUUGUGGAUUAGACAUUUCUGAUGUGUUCGAAUUCUUGUUGAUAUAUUAUUUAAACCAAGGAAAUCUAAAGGACGCCGUAGCUCUAACAGAAAAAAUCACGCUUAAACUUGAUCUGGACAAUGUCAUAGAGAAACUUGUCAAUGGAUGUAGAGUGACAACAAGUUGUAAAGAAACAGCUCAAUUUUUGAGCAACAUUAAUACUGAUACUGAUCAGAAUGGAAAAUUCUUUGAGCACCUAAUAGCAAAUGAAAAAUUUACAGCAAGCAAUGAGGAACUUGCUAAUCUUAUUUUUGCCUUCGCCAAUCACAAUAUCAAGAUUUCUGAACCAAUUGCAAAUGUUUUGGAGCAAAGAAUAUCGCAAUUAGCGGAACCUGAGAGGGCAAUGAACACGCUUAGAAAAUUAGUCACUUCUGAAACAAGUACAAAUGAUGAAUUUACAGAUGCGUACAUACCUCACCCUAGAUUCAUGAGUCUUGACCAACUGGAGGGUCAUCUCGUUAAUCUAGAGGCUAAGAGUAUGAAUACACGAGGUGUUUUGCGAAGACUGCUCCAGGUUUAUUGUAGAGAAAAAAAUUUCAAGAAGGCUGAAGAAACUGCAAAAUUGUUUACUGACAAUAAUUUUGAAUGGUCAUCUGGAAUGCUUUCCAACAUGUUUUCUUUAUAUGCCACAAAUAAUAUGCUCGAUGAAGCUGAUAUAUAUUUCAGAGACCUGAAGAGAAACCACAAAGAUUUUAAAAUCGAUGAUUUCAAGAUAAUUAAUUAUGCUACAGCUCUUGUAAAGAAUAAAAAAUUCGAAAGCGCCCUGGAAGUACUCAGAGGGCAAGAAAAUAUUAAGUGUACACCUGGAAUUAUCAAAAACUGCUGGAUACUCUUGAACGCAGUAGCUGCAGAUCGAAAUGUGAAAGCCACAAAAAAAACCUUGGACGUCUUGCUCAAAAAAGGGUAUUGCAAAGUGAGCACUCAGGUCCUCAGCCCAGUGAUCAGGACGUAUUUAUUAAAUGGUGACUUGAAAGGAGCUAUCGAACAAUUCAAAGAGUGUGCACUUGUCUAUAAACAGACACCUCUGAAACAAGAAAUAUUGCGUGCUGUUCUAGAUAUUUCUACUAAUAACCCUGAUGCUCAAAAACAGUUGACAGAUGUACUAACAGUGAUAGAAAAAUUUUAUGGACCAGCCGCAGCAGACUGUCAUUUACUCUUGGCAUUAGCGGCAAAAAAUAAACAUCAGGAACUCUGCUCAUUUAUUAAAACACCAGCUGUGAACCAACAAACACUGGAGGUCGCUGCAAAAAAAUUGACGGAAGAGCGGGAUUUAAUAGCCUUACAAGCGAUUUUGAAAGCGUGUAGACGUAUGAAGAAGCUGAACACAACGAUUCUUUACGAUCUAAUCUUGACAUUAUGCAGUACAUCCGGUGAUUACAAAACAGCACUAAAAAUAUGGGAUGCAAUGGAGGCAGAGGGCAUAAUUCCAUCACGAGAAUUUAACGAAAAUUUAAUAAAUUUGCUGAAGUCUGAGAAAGUUCCAUUGCCAGAUACACUACAAUCAAACACCAAAAGAAAAAAACACUGA